AAUAGGAGGGGUUGCUUUUUUCUAAUUUUCUCUUUCAAAACCACGGCAAUUCUUGGAUUGUACAAGACGUGAGUUUCAAUAUGCUACAACAGAUUGUCACCGGGCUGAAGUCCCGCAGUUCCGAUCAGAAAAUGGCGGCUGCCAAGCGUCUGCAACUACAUGUCUCCACGGAACUUCGUGAGGUUUCAGCCGAACAGUCGACUGAAUUUAUGGAAAAUUUAAUUCAUAAUAUAUUUGAGAUGACAUCGAGCUCAGAUGUGAGCGACAAGAAAGGCGGUAUUCUUGCCAUCAUGGUCUUGAUCGGCGUGGAUCAGGCAAAUGCUACGAAAAUGCCGCGAUUCGCAAAUUAUUUGAGAAAUUUAUUGCCAUUCAACGAUCCUGCUGUCAUGCAAAUGGCUGCCAGAGCUAUGGGUAGAUUAGCGCUAACCGGGGGGACAUAUACCGCAGAUUACGUCGAGUUUGAACUAAAACAAGCCUUAGAAUGGCUUGGCAAUGAACGAAAUGAGCCCAAAAGGCACGCGGCUGUUCUGGUCCUCAGGGAAAUGGCGUUAAACGCUCCGACAUUUUUCUUUCAACAAGUGCAACCAUUUUUUGAUAAUAUUUUUGGAGCCGUGCGCGAUCCCAAGCAAGCAAUCCGUGAAGGUGCAGUUGAGGCACUCCGUGCUUGUCUCAUCAUUCUCGCCCAACGCGAAACAAAACAAACUCAGAAACAGUCAUGUUACAGUCAAAUCUAUGAUCAAGCAAAGAAUGGUUUUGAGGAUACAACAAGCACAAAAGAGAAGGGGAUGAUGUUGACAAAAGAAGAUAAAGUUCAUGGUUCAUUGUUGCUUAUUAAUGAACUCCUUCGGAUAUCUUGCAUAGAGGGUGAGCGACAUCGUCAAGAACUGGAGGAUACUUACUCAGAGCAUUUAGAAGAUUUAACCAGUGUAGAUAAACUUGGUUCGUCACCCCUCAAGAGCAGAAUUCUUCAGCAGAGCAGCAGUCAAUCCCAACAUCACCUCGAUAUGACUUUGACCGGAAAAUCCAUCAAUGAUACGCAUCACUGUCACAGUCGAAUCUGUCGUGAAUACCUUGAAGAAAAAUUUGAUGAGAUUUGGCGUGUGUCUAGGAUGGUGUUCAAGUUUAGAGGCUCGCGUAAUUCAUUGAUUCAACAAGCACUUCUGGUUUUGUUGCCACAACUGGCAUCGUUCAGUCCUACAAAGUUUGUCCAUAGGGGAUACCUUAGGGAGACCAUACCGUAUUUAUCUGCAGCAUUCCGACGCGAGAGGGAAAGAUCUGCAGCAUUCAAAGCAAAUGGUCUCAUCAUUCUAGCUGUUAGAAAUCAAAGAAAAGACCUUGAGCUGUUGGCAAAGAUGACCUUAGAACAAAUCAAACAAGCGCUACCAAUGAAGGACACUGGUCAUAAAUCUAAGCGUCAGCUUUCUGUAGACCCAAUGGUGUUUGCUUGUAUUAGUUGUCUUGCCAGGGCUGCUGGAAAGAGUAUCUAUAACCCUUUGAAAGAGCUAUUACAACCUAUGCUUUCUGUUGGUCUUAGUCCAGCUUUGACUGCUUGCUUAUGUGAUCUUGCAAGAGAAUGUACACAACUGAAGAAAAGUAUCCAGGAUGGUUUGUUGACAAUAUUGUCACAAAUUUUGAGAAGUCGGUCAUCACGAACAACUCAGCCAAAGAGUUCAAGCCAGCCAAGUACUCCAGCUGGAAAUGCUUUGUCAACCGACCAAGCGGAGACAUCUAAUAUUGUCCUUGCUUUGAGAACACUUGGCUCUUUUGAUUUCGAUGGUCAUCAGCUGACGCACAAUAAGUUAAUCCGUCACUGUUCAGAAUCAUUUCUUGCCAGCGAGAACAAAGAUAUUCGCAUGGAAGCUGUGCGAACAUGUUCUAGACUCCUUUCUCCAUCAGUCAACCCGAUGAUUGUCCCCAAUGCUCCACUACCCACAGGUCCGAUCAGCCCAGCGUUGGAACAGCUUGUUUCAGAAGUUUUGGAGAAACUUCUUUUGGUCGGAAUUACAGAUGAAGACCCUGAUAUCCGUUUCUGUGUUCUCUCUUCUUUGGAUGAACGAUUCGACUCUCAUUUGGCCCAAGCAGAAUGUCUAGAGCAACUCUUUGUUGCUUUAAAUGAUGAAGAAUUUGAAAUUCGCGAAGUUGCAAUUUGCACUAUUGGUCGUCUCAGUGGUUUGAAUCCUGCGUAUAUUAUGCCAACAUUAAGGAAAACGCUCAUCCAGAUUCUCACAGAACUUGAGUACAGUGGUGUGGGACGAAACAAAGAACAAAGUGCUAAGAUGCUGGGUCAUUUGGUCCGCAACGCACAUCGCUUGAUUAGACCUUACAUGAUCCCGAUCCUCAAAGCUCUGAUUCCUAAGCUUCAAGACCAAGAUCCAAAUGUUGUUACAAGUGUGCUUUCAGCUGUUGGUGAACACGCUCAGGUAUGUGGGACGGAAAUGAAAAGAUGGCUUGAUGAGUUAUUUCCUAUCAUAAUCAGCAUGUUACAAGAUGCAUCAUCCUUGUCCAAACGUGAAGUCGCUCUGUGGACAUUGGGACAGCUGGUUGAAAGCACUGGAUACGUGGUUGAGCCUUACCAAAAAUAUCCGAACCUUCUUGAUGUUCUCUUGAACUUCCUCAAGACGGAGCAAGCGUCUAGCAUCCGCAAGGAGGCUAUCCGAGUGCUAGGUCUUCUUGGAGCAUUGGACCCGUACAAACACAAGCUGAAUCAAACUGGAGGAGUCCGUAUCGAUUCUGGUGUCAGUCAAGAUACAGGUGAGAACGUAGAAUCCACAGACAACACAACAAGUGAAAUCUUGGUAAAUAUGGGAAGCGGACAACUUGAUGAGUUCUAUCCCUUGGCUGCAAUUGGUGCCUUGAUGAGGAUCAUGCGUAAUCCAUCUUUGUCGCAGCAGCAUCCAAAAGUAAUCCAAGCCGUUACUUUUAUCUUCAACAGCAUUGGUAUGAAAUGCGUUGCCUACCUUCCCCAAGUAAUGCCUCCAUAUUUGACCGUAAUCCGCACUUGUGAAGCAACUCUACGUGACUAUGUCUUCCAACAACUGGGCAUGCUCAUUGGUAUCGUGAAGCAACAUAUUCGCUGCCAUCUUGACGAGAUUUUCACCCUGAUCAAAAAGUACUGGACAAUGGACAGUUCACUUCAAACCCUCAUCCCCCUUGUGGAAACAAUAUGCGUUGCAAUGGGUGGCGAAUUUAAGAUCUACCUUCCUCAAAUCAUCCCACAGAUCUUGAAGGUUUUCAUGCAUGAUAACUCUACGAACAGGAAAUACACUUUGAAGCUUCUGUCUGCCUUUCAGAAGUUCGGCUCCAGCUUGGAUGAUUAUCUUCAUUUGAUGAUUCCUCCCGUGGUGAAGCUCUUUGAUUGCAGCGACAUCGCAAACAACGUACGGCGGAGUGCUCUUGAAACCAUUGAGAAGCUUUGCGAGCAGCUUGAUCUCACGGAUUUUGUGAGCAGAAUAAUUCAUGCUGUUGUACGCACCUUGGACACGGAGCCGGAAUUGCGCGGACCAGCGCUUGCUAUGCUCUGUGCCCUUGUCAAUCAACUAGGGAAAAAGUUUAUCACAUUUAUUCCAAUGGUUAACAAGGUUAUGCUGAAGCACAAAAUUCAACACAAAAGGUACGAUGUAACAGUGGCCAGAAUACAGCGGGAAUCCUCGAUGUCGUUUUGGGGUGAUGAACCGUUUCUCGCAUCUCCAAGACCUUCUCAUAGCUCGCAAAGCUCUGAGUCAGCUAAUGUCGUUGAGGCUGGUUUCAAGAAACUUGCGAUGGGUGUAAAUGGUUUACAAAGGGUUUGGUCGUCUGCACGAUGCGUCUCCAAAGAUGAUUGGCUAGAAUGGCUGCGUCGUCUAAGUCUCGAGUUUCUCAGGGAGUCGCCUUCUCCUCCGCUCAGAUCUUGCUAUUCUCUUGCACAAUCUCAUCCACCACUUGCAAGGGAUUUGCUGAACGCAUCGUUUGUAUCUUGUUGGUGUGAACUUCACGAAGAGAUGCAAAAUGAACUCGUCAAGAAUCUUGAGCAUUCCUUGAAAUCUCAAAAUAUCCCUGAAGUGACCCAAACUCUGUUAAACCUGGCUGAGUUUAUGGAGCAUACUAAUAUCGGACCGUUGCCUUUGAGCGGUGAACUACUUGGCCAGUGUGCAUCAAAGUCCAGAGCUUAUGCUAAAGCUCUUCAUUACAAAGAACAGGAUUUCCACAAUGGCCCUACAACUGAGACACUUGAAGCGUUGAUCAGUAUCAAUAAUAAGCUACAGCAACCUGAGGCUGCGUAUGGUAUCCUUUCGUAUGCCAUGAAGGACCAUGGUCCAGACAUGAAGAUGAAAGAUUUGAAAGUGAAAGAGCGAUGGUACGAGAAGCUUCAUGAAUGGGAGAAUGCUCUGCAAGCGUACAAGAAGAAACUGGAGGAAGAUCCUGAGGACAUUGAGUAUACUUUAGGAAAGAUGAGAUGCCUUGAAGCUCUGGGUGAAUGGGGAGAACUCCAUAAAGUCGCAUGCCGAAAGUGGCCUGAUGUGAGCGACGACACCCGUAAGGAUAUGGCACGUAUGGCAGCCGCCGCUGCCUGGGGGCUUGGUAACUGGGAAAGCAUGGAAGAAUACACGUGCCUUAUUCCACGCGAGACUUUGGACGGAGCAUUCUAUCGCGCUGUAAUGGCCCUACACCAAGACCACUUCCAGCAAGCUCAGACGUGUAUCGACGCCGCAAGAGAUGUCCUGGACACCGAGUUGACAGCAAGAGCUGGAGAGAGUUAUAACCGUGCAUAUGGGGCUGUCGUGAAUGCCCAGAUGCUUUCGGAACUGGAAGAAAUUAUUCAAUACAAGCUUAUACAAGAACGACAAGAAACGAUCAAGUUGACUUGGUGGAACAGACUGCAAGGAUGCCAGAAAGUUGUUGAAGAUUGGCAUAAAAUCCUCCAAGUUCGGUCUUUAGUUUUGAGUCCCCAAGAAGACAUGCAGUCUUGGUUGAAAUACUCCAGUCUCUGUCGCAAGAGUGGCCACUUGGCGUUGAGUCAUAAAACCUUAGUUAUGCUUCUUGAUAAAGAUCCCUCAAAGAACCCAAAUGAACCAUUACCUACGACCUAUCCCCAAGUAACCUUCGCCUACAUGAAGUAUAUGUUCCGUAACGGACAAAAGGAGGACGCAUUUCAACAUCUUCAGCAUUUUGUGCAGACAACCUUGCACCAGCAAGCUUUGCAAUCAAUCAGCCCACAGGAUGAACAGAAGAGACAGGAACUGUUGAAGCUCUUGGCUCGAGGUUACUUGAAACUCGGUGAUUGGCAGACGGAUCUUGGUGGCUUUAAUGAAGACACUAUCCCGAAGAUCUUGAAGCACUACCAGGCCGCUACGGAGAACGAUCAGACGUGGUACAAAGCGUGGCAUCAGUGGGCCUUCAUGAACUUUGAAGCUGUUUUGUAUUACAAGAACCGACAGUACAUGAGCGAUGAUCAAGAUGACCCAACAAAAGCCAUGGCUACGAAUCCUAUCGUCAACUAUGCCGUCCCAGCUGUUCACGGCUUUUUCAAAUCAAUUGCUCUCUCCAAUCCCGGGAAUAGCCUUCAAGAUACACUUAGGUUACUUACCCUUGCUUUCGACUUCGGGCAGUUGCCGAGUGUUUAUGAUGCUAUCGUGGAGGGAAUGAAAACAAUUGAAAUUGAUACAUGGCUGCAUGUUAUUCCACAACUUAUCGCUAGAAUCGAUACUCCUCGACAGUUGGUUGGUCGUUUGGUACAGCAGCUAUUAACGGACAUCGGGAAACAGCAUCCACAGGCUCUGAUAUAUCCGUUAACCGUCGCCUCGAAGUCGUCAAGCUCCGCCAGAUACAGUGCAGCCAACAAGAUCUUGGAUAACAUGUGUGAACAUAGUCAGGUGUUGGUCCAACAAGCCUUGAUGGUCAGCGAGGAAUUGAUUCGAGUCGCCAUCUUGUGGCAUGAACUUUGGCACGAAGGAUUGGAGGAAGCCUCGCGACUUUAUUUCGGCGAGAAAAACGUGAAAGGAAUGUUUGCUGUUUUGGAGCCAUUACAUUCCAAGAUGGAGCGCGGUCCGCAGACUUUGAAAGAAACUUCAUUCAAUCAAGCACAUGGCCGUGAUUUAAUGGAAGCCCAGGAAUGGUGUAAGAAGUAUCAGCGAUCUGGAAAUGUUAAAGAUCUCACGCAAGCGUGGGACUUGUAUUAUCAUGUUUUCCGCAAGAUUGCUAAGCAAUUGCCGCAACUUACCUCGCUUGAGUUACAGUACGUCUCACCGAAAUUACUCAUGUCUCGAGAUCUGGAACUGGCCGUUCCAGGUACCUAUGAGCCUCACAAACCCGUGAUUCACAUAGGUCAUGUCCAUUCUUCCCUGAAUGUUAUCAUUUCCAAACAACGACCAAGGAAAUUAGCCAUCACCGGCAGCAAUGGGGCAGAGUUCAUGUUCCUAUUAAAAGGGCAUGAAGAUCUUCGUCAAGAUGAACGUGUCAUGCAGUUGUUCGGUUUAGUAAACACUCUAUUAGACAAAGACCCGACAACCUCGAAACGACAUUUGAGUAUCCAGCGUUACUCGGUCAUUCCACUGUCUACAAACUCCGGUCUCAUAGGAUGGGUCCCGCACUGCGACACACUCCACGCACUUAUUCGUGACUACCGCGAGAAAAAGAAGAUCCUAUUGAAUAUAGAACAUCGGAUCAUGUUGAGGAUGGCCCCCGAUUACGAUCACCUCACGUUAAUGCAAAAGGUCGAGGUGUUUGAACACGCGCUAGCAAAUACACAAGGGGAUGAUUUGGCAAAACUUUUGUGGCUGAAAAGUCCAAGUUCUGAGGUCUGGUUUGACCGUCGUACAAACUACACCCGCUCAUUGGCCGUCAUGUCCAUGGUAGGCUAUGUUUUGGGUCUUGGUGAUCGACACCCUUCAAAUCUUAUGCUGGAUCGACUUACUGGCAAGAUUCUUCAUAUUGACUUUGGCGAUUGCUUCGAGGUCGCUAUGACACGCGAGAAGUUCCCGGAGAAAAUCCCCUUCCGCCUAACAAGGAUGUUGAUCAAUGCAAUGGAAGUUACAGGUAUUGAUGGUAAUUAUCGUCUGACAUGCCAGCGUGUGAUGAGCGUUCUUCGUGAAAACAAGGACAGCGUCAUGGCCGUGUUAGAAGCCUUUGUUUAUGAUCCUUUGCUCAACUGGCGUCUCAUGGACACCAUACCCAAAGCAAAGAAAUCAAAAGGACGUUCCGACUCCAUCGCGGACAGUGGCUCUGACAUGUUAGAAAGCGUUCAACAUGAAGUACCCAACAGGAAAACCGCUACCAAUUUAGAGCAGUUGCAUUCCAUGGACAAAGAGAGCCAUGAGCCUGAAGCGUUGAACAAAAAAGCUGUGUCCAUCAUCAACCGUGUUCGCGAUAAGCUGACUGGAAACGACUUCUUAAACCAUCCCGUACGCGAUGUGAAGACACAAGUCGAGUUACUGAUUGACCAAGCGACGUCAUAUGAAAAUCUGUGUCAGGGUUACAUUGGAUGGUGUCCAUUUUGGUGAUUUUAUAUAUCCAUAUGAUAACACUGAACUAUAUAUACUUCUGUUCAGUUAUUGAUGUUACAAAUUAAGGUAAAUUAGAAUGCCUGCACAACCAGCCACUCCCAAUUAAGAAUGAUUAUGUGUUAAUAGUUUAUGGGGUGAAGGGCGAUAUUAAGAGUUUGUUAUGACUGGGGUUUAGGGUAAACACUGGGACUGUUGCUAUAACUUGAUGAUUUACUUCUAGUAAGAAAAUACCUUUAAAUUCGACGAUGAUUUUCCAUUAA